AUGCUAGACCCAAACAAGUCUCUUCGAGAUCCAGUGUAUUGUCGUUGCAAUCCUAUUCCUCACCGUCGGAUUGGGUCCAAAUACAAGAUACAUCCAACGUAUGAUUUUGCUUGUCCUCUUGUUGAUUCUGUACAAGCCAACCGACGCGUCACAUCCCCUCGCCUUUGGCGGUGGCCGCCUCUCUCCACUUAUAAAAUCAGGUGGGCAAUCAACGCCUCCCUCUUCUUGGUUGAAUAG